CUAGUCUCAGUCGAGCUGGCGCCGCCGGAAAAGUUAGGUAACCUUGUGAGUUAGUGGCAUCUAGAUAUGGCUUAUUUAUUACGCUGAUUAAAGGAAGAUAAACUUUUACUUGUAACUGUCCCCAUAAUCGGUUACUAAAUCCGCUGUUUAUUGCAACAAUUAACAAGUGAAGUGAAAAUAAAGCCGCCGACUAGUAUAAUUAAAUAUAAAGUUUACAGAUACGCAACGAGCAAUUUUUCAUUGUUUACUACACAGAGCAUACCACAGCUGCCUACUUGAAUAGGAUCAGCAAUGCCCAGAAGUACGCAAGAAAACCGCCCCUUGCUGACAGGCUCAGACCCUGACCCUGACCCUGACAUGGAACAAGCGAGGCCACAGUUGCCUCAGAGCUGUGAUGACCAGAGAUCAGAAUUGGAAGAUGAGGCAGAGGACUCAGGACUCACAGCAUCGGGUCACCACAUAGAUGAUGCCCAUCAACAGACUACAAACUGUGAAACUUUAAUACACUUGAUAAAGGGAAACAUUGGCACAGGAAUUUUAGCCAUGCCAGAUGGUGUGAGGAACUCUGGCCUAUAUACUGGUGUAGCACUACUACCUAUCAUAUCUGCUAUCUGCAUCCAUUGUAUGCACAUGCUGGUUGGCUGUGCCCAUGAGUUAAAAGAAAGAUUAGGUGUAAGUGGUUUGGACUAUGCUGAUGUGGGUUACAAUGCCUUCAUGACAGGGCCAGUUCCUCUUCGUAAACUUGCUCCUGUGGCUCGCACUGUCCUUAACUCUUUCCUAACCAUAACUCAGCUAGGAUUUUGUUGCGUGUAUGUUGUAUUCAUUGCUGCUAAUGUUAAACAGGUUAUAGAUUGCAAGCUACCAGGCAAUGGCAUUGAUAUACAUGGAUACAUGGGCAUCCUGAUCCUGCCUUUGUUAGCCAUAUCUAUGAUCCGUUCUCUUAAGGUAUUGGCACCGUUUUCUCUCAUUAGUAAUGUUUUUCUGGGGUUAGGACUGGCCAUCACAUUUCAUUACUUACUCCAAGAUAUUCCUUCUUCAUAUGAUCGUCCUGAAUUUAAGUCAUGGAAGCAGCUACCCCUCUUCCUUGGCACAUCUAUAUAUGCAUUUGAAGGCAUUGGAGUGGUUCUUCCUUUAGAAAGAAAAAUGACUAACCCAGAAGAUUUUCGUGGGUGUAACGGCGUCCUCAACACUGCUAUGAUUCUAGUCACUUGUAGUUACAUAGCGGUGGGCUUCUUUGGCUACCUGAAGUAUGGUGAUGCAGUUCAUGGAUCCAUCACCUUAAAUAUUCCCCCCAGUGAUGCUUUAGCACAGCUGGUGAAGAUUCUCAUGGCUGUAGCGAUCUACUUGACAUAUUCUCUUAUGCUGUAUGUUCCUGCUGAAAUUAUGUGGCCACACCUGAGUCCAAGAUUCCACUCUGCCCGUGGAAAACGGCUAGGUGAAUAUGCCUUCAGAGCCUUCUUGGUGCUCAUCACAUUUGUUCUGGCUGCAGCCAUCCCCAACAUUGGCCUCUUCAUCUCACUAGUGGGUGCUAUGUCAUCAUCUACUUUAGCCAUCAUCUUCCCUCCCAUUAUAGAAAUUGUUACAUUCUGGCCCAGAGUAUCAAGACUAAAUAUGAUUAAGUGCUUUUGCAUCUUUGUGUUUGGAGUUGUGUGUUUCGUCACGGGAACAUAUGCCAGUGUGGAAGCCAUCAUUGAAUACUUUGAGCACUCAGAUGACCCUCAGCCAGGGCUUGUAUGCUGAUUGCUGAGGUUAUUUGAACCACUUCUAGAUGAAUAGAAUGUGGAUAAAAUUAAAGACAUUUCCCAUGAGGUUCCGUGAAGACUCAUCAAGCAAAUAUAUCUUCCAGGGUAGUAUAAUACAUUAUGUUGUAUGUAUUUCUUCAUCUUGGAAACUUUCAUCUUCAUUGAUACAGUUACGUGCAGAUCAUCUCCCACACUUAUAUUAUACCAUGAAUAUUCUGAUACAUUUAUGUGCUCAGUAUCUUCCACACAUACAUUACAACAGUAACAUUUUGAUACAGUAGAAAAUCAAUGUUUUAUGACUAAAGCUCAUAGAAUUUAUAACCCAGUUUCUGUCUAUUGUGUACUUUUAUGUGAUUAACUUUCCUUUAGUAAACUUUGUAAUAUUGAUAUAGGUAACCAAAGUAGAUAUACUUUGACAUACCAUUUUCGGUGUUCACUGAGGUGUAUAUUUAGUUAUGUGCAACUGUUUUAUUAAUUUGAUGUCUGCUGUGUAUUAUAGAGUAAUUUUAUAUAUACAACAUAUUAUUAUUUGAUUAUCAUUUAAGCUUAGAUUAAGUUUUAUUUAGAGCAGAAUGCAACUUCCAAUCUAUAUUUUGUUUAUAAGACAUGCUCAUUUGUAUAAUGUGGUUCAGAAUCACACUAAUAAGAAAUAAUACCUUGAGCUUCAAUCCAUAUAUAUAUAUA